AUGGCCCUGAACCCAGGGGCUAGUCUGGUCCUCUGUGAAAGCUCGAAGAUGACACCUAGUCUCAGCUUCACUGAGGCCUCAGAUUUAGGCUCCAGCACCAUCUCUGGGCCCCACUCAGACAUGGGCCUUGCUCCUCUCAUGAACCCACCCCUGAAUCCUGGCUCAGCUCUUGUUCCAGACCUUAAUCCAAGUCUGAGUCCUGUCUCAGAGGAGGCCCCUGGCCUGGUGACUGGUAACACCCUCAGGCCUGCGGACAGCUGGACUGUGGGCCCCGCCUCCCUCCAGAUCACCACUUCCCACUCAGGUGAAGCCCUGGGCCCGAGUUCAAAUCAGGUCUUGAGGCCUACCUCCCAGAGGGCCCCAAGUCCAGCCUCAAACCUCGUUCUGAGCCCUAGCUCUUCUGAGGCCCAGGGUCUGAGCUCAGGGAGCCACACAGGGCCCAAUUCUGAGGAGGCUCUCAACUCCCUCCCAAGCAAGAUUUUUGAUUUGGGUCAGAGUAACUCCAAUCCUUCCAGGCCUGAAGCAAACCCAUUUAUAAGGCCCUAUUCAAGAGAAGCCCUGGUUGUGGGCCAAUGCGUCUCCAGGCCAGGCUCGAAAGCACUCCUUACUCCAGCCUCAAACUCUUCUCUGGACCCAGACGCCAACCGGAUACUCGGUGUGGGCUCAAGAAACACCUCUAAGCUGGACCUGCAUGCGGCUCGAGGUUCUGGUGGGACCCUGAUCCCAGAUGCCAACGAGACCAUCAAUGCGGUUUCACAUAAGAUCUCCGGGUCUGUCUCAAAAGGAGCCUUUGGUGCGGCCUGGAACACAAGUUCCAAGGGAACCAUCAACGUGGCUUCGAAUGGCAAUCGCAGGUCUGACUUGAACAUGACCAUCACUCAGUCCUCAUGCUUGACCCUGAUUCCUGGCUCUAGUGAUGGUAUCAGCCUGCACUCCAGCACCCAUGGACCCAACUCCACCCUCUCUCCACCCUCGUGCAUGACCCUGAUCCUGGGCUCCAAUGAGACCCUCAGCCUGGGCUCCAGCCUCAUUUUCAGUGACACCUCCACCCUGACACUGAGCAGCCAGCAGGAUUAUUCUGAGGACAACAGCAUCCAUGCCAUACCCUUGGAUGAGAAUCUGGGGAGCUGGGGCGAGAUGGUCAGCACUGAGACUGGUCAGUUCCCGCUGGGGUUCCCCACCCGUAACACCACAGACGAGGACACCACGGCCUUCCAAAGCAUCCCAGAGGGAGUCUUCGAUGAAGUGACCUCAUGCCUGGUGAACGUGCCAGGGAAGAGCGAAGAUGACAACAAGAUGGCUCUGGUGGAGAAUGUCAUCACCCUCCAGAAGUGCCAGGAAGGGGAAGGCGAGAAGAAGACCAUGAUGAAGAAGAUGAUGAGGCAGAUCCGGGAGGAGCCACUGGAUUCCCUCUCAAGCACCGUCCGCUGGCAGGCCAUGGAGACCCUGACCCAGCUGAGUCACACCCAGCCUGUGCUGGGUGGGCAAGAAAGAUCAGAGCUGGUGAACACGUGUGUGAAGAGUGUGUUCUCCCUCCCCUCUGUGCAAGCCAUGCAGGAGAAAGACGAGGCCAAGGCUGAGGCCAUACAGACACUUUACCGUCAGACCCUGGAAGCCCUGCAGACACUGCUCAACGCCCUCUUUGUGGAGGACCCCACUCCUGCCGGGCUGAAGAGCAUCUUGGAGCCCCUGGGGCCCUGGAUGAACUCCGGGAAGGCCCAUGAGCGAGCACGGGCUGUGAACAGCAAUGUCUCUGUGUUGAACCACACGCUUCUGACCCUGCCUUUCUUUAUGACCUCGGGGUUCCCGGCGCUGGGGCUUCUGCUGGGGAGGCUCAUCCUUCGCAUCGGGGAUCCUGAUGAGGAGAUUGGCCGGGAGGCUCUGGACGGCAUCAUCAUCCUCUACACCAUCCUGGAGCUCCAAAAACGAUCCAGAGAGAAGGAAGAGACCAAUAAGGAGGAGCUAUAUGAGAGCAACAAGCGAUUCCUGGGGCCCUACAACCCUGUCAGCCCAUGCCAGAAUAUUCUGCGCGUGAUUGCGGAGUUUGGAGACUUCCUGGGACCCCAGCAGAUAAAGGACCUGUUGCUAGCAGCCCUGGAGGGCUUGAAAGGCAGCUCAGAGGCCUGGGGGAAGGACUCUGGGGAGAUGAUGCAGCUGGCCUCAGAGGUCACGCUCAGCUCAGUGCUGGAAUGGUACUGCCACAGGGUGCUGGAGGUGAUCCCAGAGAUCAUGCAGGGCAUCUACGUGCAGCUGAACCACAUCCAGGAGCCGCGGGCCCGCGAGGUGGCCCUGCUGCCCGUCUCCCUCCUGGCCAGCUCCUUCAUGACCGAGGUGGUUGUGGCCCUGCUCAUGUGCCCCCUCCCGCUGGACAGCAAUGGCGCAGAGAUGUGGAGGCAGCUGAUCCUGCGCAAGCCCAGCUGUGAUGUCCGAGACCUCCUGGACCUGCUCCUGACCAGCCUGAAGGAGAAGCCCUUCACCAAGAAGGGCCGGGCCUCCAUCGUGCCCCUCGCAGCAGCCAGCGGCCUGUGUGAGCUCCUGUCGGUCAACAGCUGCGUGGGCCGCGUGAGGCGCAUUUACCCCCAGCUGCUCCUGGCCCUGCUCAUUCAGGUCCAUUACCACAUCGGUCUCCACCUGCCUAGCCGCAUGGCUUUCCGCAAGGACGCCAAGAAGGACACUCAGCCUUCCCUCUUCGUACCCGUGCGGUAUGUCCUGCUGUCCCUGGCUGGGGGAGGGCCACGAAGCAAGGGCCCUUCGUAA